ACCACUCGGAUGCUUCACAUUUAUGCAUCCGGUGAAAUAUCUGUCGCGUUGUUCUAGCUGUGCUAGUACUUCCCGGAGCGAAGUGACACAAUUGCAACUUUGGUAGUUUUGAGUCGAGUGUUACAGUAACUCAUUUGAGAAUUUUGACUAAGGUUCCAACGUUUGAAUAUCAGCAAGGCUACUUUGUUGAACCAUUAUAUGAAAUGGGACGAAAGGUUAUAUUAGCUACGUGCUCCUUGAAUCAAUGGGCACUAGAUUUUGACGGAAACUUAGAGAGAAUACUGAGAAGUAUCGCGAUAGCCAAGUCUCAGGGGGCUAAAUACAGACUGGGACCAGAACUGGAAAUCUGUGGGUAUGGCUGUGCAGACCACUUCUAUGAGUCAGACACCCUGCUGCACUGCUUCCAGGUACUCAGGAAGCUGCUGGAGUCACCUGUCACCCAGGACAUCAUCUGCGAUGUUGGCAUGCCCAUCAUGCAUCAUAAUGUUCGGUAUAACUGCAGAGUAAUUUUCCUCAACAGGAAAAUCUUGUUGAUCCGACCCAAGAUGCUGCUGGCAAACUAUGGGAACAACCGGGAGUUCCGCUGGUUUUCACCAUGGAAUAAACUGAGACAUGUGGAGGAGUACUUCCUGCCCAGGAUGAUCCAGGACAUGACAGGACAGGACACUGUCCCCUUUGGUGACUGCGUCCUCUCAACCAAAGACACCUGCAUUGGGAGUGAGAUCUGUGCAGAGCUGUGGAACCCUAGGAGCCCCCAUGUGGACAUGGGUCUGGACGGUGUGGAGAUCUUCACCAACUCCUCAGCCAGCUACCACGAGCUACGCAAGGCAGACCACAGAGUCAACCUGGUUAAAUCAGCCACCACGAAGAGUGGGGGGAUCUACAUGUUUGCCAAUCAGAAGGGUUGUGAUGGAGACAGACUCUACUAUGAUGGUUGUGCCACGGUGGCAAUCAACGGGGACAUAGUGGCCCAGGGAAGACAGUUCUCCCUGGAUGACGUGGAGGUUGUGACUGCCACUCUGGAUUUGGAGGAUGUCCGCAGCUACAGAGGAGAGCAUUGCCACCCACACGUGGAGUAUGAGCACAAACCGUGCCAUCGAGUCAAAGUGGACUUCUCCCUGUCUGAUUGUGACGAUGUCUACCUCCCCACUCACCAGCCCAUUGAGUGGCAGUUCCACACCCCCGAGGAGGAGAUUAGCCUGGGUCCAGCAUGUUGGCUUUGGGACUACCUGAGGAGAAGUGGUCAGGCUGGUUUCCUCCUGCCCCUCAGUGGUGGUGUGGACAGUUCCUCUACAGCCUGCAUUGUCUACUCCAUGUGUGUGCUGGUCUGCCAGGCAGUCAGAGAUGGCAACUCCCAGGUGCUGGAGGAUGUUCAACGGGUAGUGAAUGAUGUGUCCUACACCCCCCGGGACCCACGGGAGCUGUGCGGACGCAUCUUUACCACCUGCUACAUGGCCAGUGAGAACUCCUCAGAAGGAACCCGUAACAGGGCCAAAGAGCUGGCGUCUCAGGUUGGCAGCUCACACAUAAACCUCAACAUCGACAUGGCAGUGAAAGGCAUGCUGGGAAUCUUCUCCAUGGUUACGGGAAAGUGUCCCCAGUUCCGUGCUAACGGUGGAAGCACAAGAGAAAACCUUGCCCUACAGAAUGUGCAGGCCCGAAUCAGGAUGAUUCUGGCCUAUCUCUUUGCUCAGCUCAGUCAGUGGGCUGAGGGGAAACCUGGUGGCCUCCUAGUCCUUGGCUCAGCCAAUGUGGAUGAGAGCCUCACUGGUUACUUCACUAAGUAUGACUGCUCCAGUGCUGACAUCAAUCCCAUUGGGGGCAUCAGUAAGACAGACCUAAGAAGCUUCCUGCAGUACUGUGUCGAACAGUUCCAGCUCACCGCCCUCAAAAGUAUCAUGGCUGCACCUCCCACUGCAGAGCUGGAGCCCCUGACGGACGGCCAGGUGUCGCAGACUGAUGAGUCUGAUAUGGGGAUGACAUACUCGGAGCUGUCUGUGAUUGGCCGGCUCAGGAAGAUCUCCAAGUGCGGCCCGUACAGCAUGUUCUGCAAACUCAUCCACACGUGGAGGGAGGCCCUCUCCCCUCUACAGGUGGCUGCCAAAGUGAAACACUUUUUCCAGAUGUAUUCUGUGAACAGACACAAAAUGACAACUGUAACACCAUCCUACCACGCUGAGAGCUAUGGCCCCGAUGACAACCGCUUUGACCUCAGGCCAUUCCUCUACAACACUCGCUGGUCCUGGCAGUUCAGAGCCAUUGAUAAUCAGGUGUCCAAGAUGGAGGUUGGGAAUGGCGACCACGACUAAGGCUCCUCCCAAUGCCAGAGCAACAUCCCAAAGAACUAAUCUAAAUUGUGACAAUAAACACUAUGGUGCAACUCCAAACAAUCUUACUGUACACACAAUGCCUUCUUACUGUACAGUAUUCCAAUUUCUGAAAAUAGACCUAGGCUACUGAUUAAUAUUGUAGACUCUAACAAUGAAGGGUAUUCAAAAUGAGUAUUUUGUGUCAGUGGUUCAGCAUGAUGUGCAUUAUGUUGUCGUUCUACAUGCUCUAGGCCAGCUUAAACUGGAGGUCAAAAGGAGUAACAAUGUCUUGUAAAAAAUAUUCACAACAGUCUAUUCUCUCAGGUUCAAAUACAAUACACUUGUUCAUUGAAAUAGUGAUGUACAGCUUUACUAUUAAACACGUUUUAUCUUG